CUUUCCGGCGCCCCGGGGUCUGACCCCGCGCGCGUCCCAAGCUCCCGGCAGUGUUGCGAUGCCCCAGGGUCUCUCCCUGUACGUUCCCUUUUGAAAAGUCUCUAAUCUACAGCUUUCAUACUUCUGAGCCAGGAGGCAAAGCGGGACCCCCAACCCAGCGCCGCGCGGCCGGUUUCAACUUUCGGACCCAGGUGCCAGCCCGCGCUUCAGCCAGCCCCAAACCUGCCCCGGGACAUGCCCGCGCCGCGCUUGGCAGGCGCGCACGCUGCCGCCCCGCGGGCCCAGCCUCCCCCGCCUUCCUCCCUCCCUCCCUCCCUCCCUCCCUCUCCCUCCCCGCGCCAGCCCGGAUUGCGAUGGGAGGGAGCGCUGGGCGCCUGCCACCCCCCAUCCAUCUGUUCCAGAUGACGCUGGCGGGCCUGGAGCAUUCGGGGCCCGCGCCAGCGGGGAGCCGAACCCGCCUAUGUGCCCGCUGCGGGCCGAGGGGCAGGGCCCCGACGGGCGCCCCCAAGCCACCCGCUCCCCUGCUCCACCUUCGACUUCGCGCCAGCAGGGGCACACGGAGUGGGGGCGCACCCGGGUCGCGCCCCCGCCCCCCGCCUUGCACAAGGCUCCGAGCCGACCACAAACGAAAAGGGAAACGGACCCGCGAGGCCGGGCCGGGGGGCCGUUACUGGCUCCUACCUGCGGGCGCCGGCCGGCCCUCACACCGCGCGGGAGGGGCGCUUCCCCUGCACCACCGGCCUCCUGCGGGCCUCGGCCUCCGCCCGACGCCUUACGCACCGCACCGCACGGUAUCUCCGCAGCGCGGCCUCCGGUCAUGUAUGCCCAGCAGUGGCCGGCAGAUUCACCGCGGCCCCGGCGGCCAGAGCGCGGGGGGAGGGGGGGGGAGGGGAAGCGUCCGUCCCCGCCGGGACACACCGGCGGGGGCAGGGGAGGGAGGAGUCAGGAGAGAGCUCGGCGACAAGCCUAGGGCCUCAAAAACAAAAUUAAAAACCUCUGGGGCUGCUCCAACGCUUUCCCACCUGAAUUUCAGGCUGCGGGGGAGGUGGGGAGGGGAGGGGAAUCACAUGCAAAUGAGCAUCUCGCACCUGGCGGGGGAGGCUCCUCCCAGCUGGCCCUUCCAGGCCCUCCAGGCCGGCCUCCAAAUACCUCCUGCCGGGACGGACACCCAGCACCCGCUUUUUCCCUUCAACCCUGGGAGGCCCUGUGAGGAGGGCGGCCCAGGUUCUUCCACCUGUUUGAAGAGGCCCACGACAGCGAAGCAAAAAGCGGUGGGGUCGCCACUCAGGUUAUCAUUUGGCUCAUGUUUCGAGUUGGGAGGAUCUAUCCCGUGUAGACAUCUGAGUUCCACUGGAUUGCGAGACGGGUGGUCCGGUCCCGUUUCACAGAUGAGGAAGCUGAGGCCGAGAGUUGCUCAAGGUCACGCGGGCCCUGGUGCAAGGGGAGCCGCUCACACCUGGGGUCUCCUCCCCAGCCCGGCACCGCCGCGGAGGCAGGGGGGUGGGGGGGGGGCGCUGCAGGGAACCCCAGCGACCACCGGGGGGCAGCAACGAGCCGACGGAGUGCGCGUCGGUUUAGUUGUGCUGGCGGCCGCCAGGCGGGCUGGCAGGGGGGUGGGGGUAGACGGAUGACACUCACUGUCAGCGCGCCCAGCUCGAGGAAAUUAGUAAUCCGGGAGCACGGCCUCCGAGUUUAAGGGUGGAAAUUGCUCUCCUGCAGCCCGCGUUCCUCGCUAACGAGGUUUGUAGCUUGACUCCUAAUUUCCCGCCACUCGGGGCUCAGGCUGGCGGCCCUCCAUUUCCCUCCAAGGCGCGUUCUUUCUCUUUCCUCCUCAGCAGCUCCCACCGCUCUGCCUCCCAGGACCUCCCCUCCCUCCUUCCCAUUUGCUGGGAAACAGAAGGCAGAGACAAAAGGUUCGGGGUAAAAGGGCAAGGUGCCAGGACCAGUCCUACGGGGGGGCCAACGUGGGGACAGCUCCCUGAGCUGGGACACCUGCCCCUACCCUGCACCAGGGUUCUGCUUCCUACGUGCCAGGGGCGACAGGAUGCGGGUGCAUGCUUCCCUGCACCGUCAGCCCCCCGCCAAUCUCAACUGUGCCUCCUGGUGCAGGAAGCAGGGUUCCUACCGCCCUCCCCGGGCUCGGAGCCCCUACAAGAUGGAUCCUUGCAGAUCCAGCCCGGCCUCCUGGAGCCUGUGAAGUCUGCAUGGCCAAAAAGAUGAAAAACCCUCCGUCGAGGACAAGCCCCGGGCACCUCUUAAACCUGCCUACCACCUGAGGCUAGGAACUGAGGAGGAGGUGCGUGAUGGAGAGGCACAGAGGGAUGGGCUGGAAAGAAAGGCGUGCCUCUAACCACCAUGGUGGGCAGUCAGUCAACAAACGCACCAAGUGCCAGCGCCCUCCAGGAAACAAAACUGAAAGUGCCAGGCCAGCCCUCAGCUGCCCUCAGAGACCAGGCGACAAACAUCGGUGCCAAACUGCUGUCGGGGAGGGGGGGGGUCGCUUCAGGACAGUGCAGAAUGGAGAAGGCAGGAGGUGGUCGGCUACUCAACCCACCACCACCGCAAGGGCACCUACCUGGGCCAGGUGAAGUUCCCAGGAGUGUGGGCACUAGCAGGGACUGCUUCCCACCGGGUCCCAGCACAGGUGCCAGCCCCUGGUCUGUGACGGGCCCUUGGCACCACGGAGGGAAUCCCACAGUCCUGGUCCUUGUCAUCCUGUGUCCUUGUGGGGCCAGCGGGACGCUCAAGCACUUUAACAGUGCCCUCUGCCCCGAUCAGGUGCUCCCAGCACACAAGGACACCAUCACUGUCACAUGGCCGCAGCCACCUCAUUCGGCACCUUUACCGGCAAAUAAGCAUCAGGGACCCGGACGUCGUCGUCGUGGGUGGGAAGGGGAUAUGGCUUCUGCCAUUUACCAAACACCCAACACGUGCCAAGACAGCUCAGCCUGGGCCUUUUGAGGUGGACCGGGUGACCUCCAUUACAAAGCCUGGCUAGGAGACCAGAGGUUAAUUAACUUGCCUAGGGUACACAAAUUCGAUCCAGGCCUGAUCCAGACCCGGGCUGUCUGCCUGUACCUGGCAGCCGUUUGUAAUAAUUACCUGCUGCAGACACCCCUGGGGGGUGGGGGACCCAUCACGCACAGCCUGACACCUGGGGACCUGUGCAGCACCUCAGCUUGAGUGGCCCACCCUCCCCAAGGCCACGAGCCCAAGGGUGUCACCUGCGUGGGUGGGGCCCCACCGGGAGCAGCAAAGGUCUGCCCAGGCACCACUUCCAGCCCAGCGACCAGACCCCCACCACUGAUCUACAGAAGUUUUUCUCCUUCCAGCCAGCACGGCCCAGAGCACCUCUCCCUCUUCAAAGCUGGACUCAAAUCUUAUCUCUUUCCAGAAGGCUUUUCCCUUCCCUGCCUCUGGAAUUCAUCCCUCCGGGCGCUGAGUCCCACGGUGCAGUGGGUCUCAGACAAUGUGAAGGGGGGGGGGGGGGUGGGGGGGUCCGUGAGAAACACAGAUCCCCAGGCCACUCACUCCACGGAGCAACCCCGUGGGCCAGGCGGGAGCCUCCCUCGGCAGGCCGGGAGAGGGGGAGUCUGGGCCUCGCGGUGAUUACUGGAGCCCCCGGGCUCCUUCCCCUCCCCCGCCCGGCGGCCUGGAGGGCAGAAGGACAGCAGCGGCGACACAGCCCCAGCCCCCUGGCACGCCCUGCGCGUUCCGACAUCGCGCAGAUCUGUUGAACCGGGCACCACCCUCUGGAGCCGAUUACCUGCUUCCACACCCUCCGAAGAUUUUACCACCGCCUCGUCCUAAGCAUAAAAUCACUGGGCAUCUUGGCACCGACCUCAUUCGAUGGUCGUCCAAAGAGCAAGCUGCCGCCAAGCACAUGCUGGCAUUCGGAGGGACGUGCGCGUGGGGACAGAGGGUCUGAGGCCAGAGACACUGGCCUAAAUAAGCCUGCGCGACCCCCGCCUGGCUGGGCACAUGGCCACCUCACCCUAAUUUUGCCUGCUGUUGUCGGGCGAGCAACACAACCCUUCCCGCGGCUCUCGUGAGGCCUUCCACGAGAACAUAAACCAGAAAGAGCCUCGCACGGUGCCUGGGACACAGUUGCAGCUCAACAGACGCGCACUCCAGUUCGGUUUCACGAGGAAGCGCUUCUCAGAUGGGCAGGGAGGCCAGGCAGGCGACUGCACCAGUACAGGGGUGGGGGGGUGGGGGGGGUCGCUGUUGCACAUCCUGGCAGGAACAUCCCUGCCUUUGCCCAUACGCAGGAAGAGGCCUCCAGGAGUCAAAUACUCGGGCACUGUCCUCCUGGACGGUCUCCUGCAGGGUCUGCAGAAGAGUCAGAAGGGUGGAGACUGGCCGGCCACCAAAGUCCCUUGGUUUCGUCGUUUUUUAAAUGUUGGUGGCGCCUAGUCGGAACUUCCUUCUCAGAGAUGCGUCUUUAAAAGUCACCCGACCCACAGGAACGUCCCCCCCCCGCCCCCCCCUGCCCCAGAUGAGGGGAUAAACAAACAUGGCUUAGCCACACAGAAGACGUGGUGUCCUGACACAGGUUCCAAGGCGCGGUGCAUGGGAACGCACGUCCGCACAGCCCUGUCCACGAACGGUAUUCAUUCGUGGCCGGAAUCUGGAAGCAACCUGAGUGUCCAUCAAAUGAUACGUGGAUUUAAAAAACCCCAGGUCCUGGCCACGCGGCAGAAUAUUACUCGGUCAUAAAAAGGGUGAAAUACUGACACGAGGCACAACACGGGGGAGACUUGGGGGCUAGGGGAGGGGUAGGAGCGCGUGCUAAGGACAGGGUUUCCUUCCGGGGAAGCGA